UGGAUUACUACUGUCGACCAGAAGCUCCUGGAAGGGACACACAGAGAAGGGGGGGUCCACAAACCUAAACCGUGAAAAUGUCCGCGGAGGAGAUCAGCCACGUCCUCAAAGAGGGAGAGCUGGAAAAGAGAACCGACAACCUGCUCCAGUUCUGGAAGAAAAAGACGUGCGUCCUGACCACGGACAGCCUGAACAUGUACGCGGACACGCACAGGCGCUCCAGGGGCAAAGAGCUCAAACUGCAGUCCAUCAAGAAGGUGGACUGCGUGGAGCGCACCGGCAAGUUCGUGUACUUCACCAUCGUGACCACGGACAACAAGGAGAUGGACUUCCGGUGCUCGUGGGAGCAGAACUGCUGGAACGCGGUGAUCACCAUGGCGCUGAUCGACUACCAGAACAGGAAGGCCAUCCAGGACUUCAAGACGCGGCAGGACAGUGAGAGCGGCUCUCCGGGGCAGGAGGAGAGGCGCAUGGCCAGGGCGCCCUGAUCCGCCGCGCACGCGCUGCGUGCUCUGAACAUGGAGAGAGGCGCACGAGGACGCACUGAUUCUAAACCCAAAGAUCAAAGCAUCACAUGUUUGUGGAAACCGAAUGCCUUUAUCUCCCUUCAGUGUCGAGUUGGACUAUUUAUAAGUCGAACCAAGCGGAGGACGGAAGUCCUCCGGGUCCAGAGAUGAAGGAUUGUUCGGAACCGAGCCCAGAACCGGGCCUGAUCCAGCCUCCACAGGACUGGACUCAGAACUAUUUCAUCUUUGCUCUGCGGAGAGGAAGUGACUCCUUAAAGCGUGUUUUUAAUUUAUUUGUUUCCAGGAAGUGGUGUUACUGGCAAACAGCUCAUUUUUGUUUAAAUUAUUUUACUAUUUCAACGUGUUUAAGUGUAUUUAUUUGAAUAAAC